AUGUCAAUUUGUACCCAUUGUCGUCUCGCCCUCCGGCGCAGCACCGCUAUAAACUCAGCUAAAGGCACGACAACUCGAUCAAUCACCACCAAACCAUCAACAGCCGCCUCGAUCCUCGAGAAGCCUACCUGGUCCGUUCGCAGUCUUCUCCCCUCCUCGCCAUCUUCAGCACCAGUAGAAAAGAUCACGCCUUCACAACUUCACCAUCUCCUCCGCCUCUCAGCCCUACCAAUCCCCACCUCACCAGCCGAUGAGGAAGCCAUGAUCAACACUCUCCAAAGCCAGCUGCAAUUCGUCCGGGCCGUGCAGAAGGUCGACACAACGGGUGUUGAGCCUUUAAGGGCGAUUCGAGAUGAGACACCAGAAGCCCGACAGGAGGUGACAAUCGGGCUUGCAGAUCUAAAAGAGGCGUUGGGCAAGGAAGUUCGCAUAGGCCAUUAUCAACGGGCGAGGAGAGUGAGAGAAAAGGUCGAACCCGAUGCGGAAAAGUGGGAUGCUCUGAGUACAGCGAGCAAGACAGCAGGAAGAUACUUUGUGGUUGAAAGCGGAAAGAAGGAGAUUGAAGGUGCAGAGUAA